CGCGCUCCGCCGCGGAAGGCUGGUGUGUUCGGAGCGCAGUCACGUGUAGGCGCUGCUCUGUUCAGUCCAAACAGAAUUGAAGCUGUUAGUGUUUGCGUGAGUGUGUGUGCUGGAUCUGCGCUUCAUGUUGUUUUUUUAGCCUCCCGUCUCAUUUACUUUACACCAUUUUGUCGAAGAAUGAGCGAUAACGAUGACAUCGAAGUCGAUAGUGAUGAAGAAUCGCCGAGAUAUCACUCUGUGGCAGACAAACGUGCACACCACAACGCACUGGAGCGCAAACGUAGGGACCACAUCAAAGACAGCUUUCACAGCCUCCGCGACUCGGUGCCCUCCCUGCAGGGAGAAAAGGUUGGUAAAGCUCUGACACAGGUGUCCUCACAGGGACAAAGUGUUGACACAAUACAGCAGUCUACCAAACAGGCGUCUCGAGCCCAAAUCCUAGACAAAGCCACAGAGUACAUCCAGUACAUGAGGCGGAAAAACCAGACACACCAGCAGGACAUCGACGACCUGAAGAGACAGAACGCACUGCUGGAGCAGCAAGUCCGUGCUCUGGAGAAGGUGAAGGGCUCCACCCAGCUCCAGGCCAACUACUCCUCAUCUGACAGCAGCCUGUACACCAACCCCAAAGGCAGCGCCGUGUCUGCCUUUGACGGGGGCUCCGACUCCAGCUCUGAGUCGGAGGUGGAGGAGCCUCCAAACAGGAAGAAGCUGCGCAUGGAGGCGAGCUAGAAACAGAGAGGUGCAGGUUGAAAGAAAAAAAACAAAAACAAAACAAAAAAAAUACUGGCCAAGGUCGAGGCGUCGGAGCACAAGGGAGGGCGAGAGGAGAAGUACAGCCUUUAAGAAGUUCUGAGGCUCGGUCCAAGUCCUCCACCUCUCCAGCCAACCACCACCAACACCUCCCACGGCCUCGUUCUCCGUGGAUGGUUUCGCACCGGAGAGUCAUGGCCCCACCACCAACACAACCCUCUCUGCUCCUUCACCCAGGGUCUGAAGAACUGUAGGGUGGAGGCUGCAGGUGGAGGCCGACUGCUUCAGUUACAUUAGAGACACUUCAGGUUCCUCCUUCUGUCCCUCCGUUUUGUUUUUUUUUAUGGAUGGUCUCCCUCCUCCACCCACAUUCAAAACCCAAAAAAAGAGGCAGCUUGGCGUCGUUAAGACUUGAUACUUGUUUUUGUACCCUCAGUUAAGCUCCUCCUACUCCACCUUCUCCUUCUGUCUGUGAUGACCAGAAGAGGGCGCACUAGGCGUACUCCUCCAAGCACUGCUAUAAUAUUAUUAUAUUUCUUAUUUUUGUGCAUUUUCAUGAAUAGAAUUGAAACAUACACACACACACACCUAGAUGGAAACGUUUACCUUUUUUAAAUAAAAAAAAGAUUUCUAGACAACUUUGUUUUCACGUAAAGAAUGUGAAAUGUUCAGGUGAAACCCACCUCAGGCCCACGGGAAUGCAGUUGUUUUCUGACCGACACCUUUGUUACCACAGGAUUUAAAAGAAAGAGGAAGUAAAAGAAAUAAUGUGACUCCUUUUGUUGAAAUCGAUGUUUUUGAAAGAAAUUAUUGCCUAAAGUUCGUAUUGUAUUUUGUCCCUUAGCUUGAAGUAGUGAAUGACUUUAGGUGGCUGAAUACAUUAGCAUACCCUUUUAUAUUAUUAUUAUAUGGCAAGAAUAUAAACAAUGAUUGGAUGUUUUCAAGUUCUAAACUGUUAUGCUGUUUUUUGUAGUUACUUAAACAGUCAUCGGGGGGCGGUUAAAACAAUUUUUGUCACGUGUAGUUUUUACCUGGGAAUAUGAACUAGAUAUUGAAUGUUUAUAAAAUACACCAGUUCCCCCUCCACCCUCACCAGUCAGUGUGUUGUGCUUUACACAAAUUAUUUAAAAAAAAACAACCCAAAAUAAAUAAAAAGAAAAAUCGAUGUUGCUGAUCCCACCCCGACCCCCACUGCGGGCAGAAACAUUUUUGCGUGUCCUAGGAAAUGUGUGUGUUUGUACGAUAUUGUUUCCAUUUGAUUUCCAAUUAGGAGGAUGUAAUAAUUAGUGUGAUAGGUCUUUGUUUGUCCGAUUCCAUUCCAUGGAAAUUACAAGUAUGUUGUACAUACUGCCAACAAUUGUCUUGCAAGUUGAGGCCUACCUUUACUAUGAGACUAUAAAAUAAACUAUUUUAUCCUUUCA